AAUUCGUGCAAUUUGACGCCAUUUUGUAAGUCUCCGAAUCAGUCUUAUAUUUGAAAGUGAAACUGGUUGCGUUUGAGAAUGAACUGGACAAUAUGGCAGAGACAGAAACAAUGAAACCACAUGACGAUUCCACUAAAGAGGAGGGGGAGUUAUCAGACGACGAUGAUAUCGUGGAACCGACCAAAAGCUUAUCGAGUGUUGACCACAGAAACCGGGGGGCUGGCGAUAGAAACCCAGAGGGAAAGUGUAAUAAUACGAACUUUAACACGAGAGAGUCUAACAACAUUGGGAGGUUUCCCCCUAAUUCGUACGGAGCCAAGAUAUACCGACCAGUACACAAUACCAACUGGAAGGGAAAAGGAAUGCAUGUGGAUUCCACUGCAGGAGGAGGUCGUGGCGGGCCUGUCCAGGUUUUUGACUAUAGUCCUGGGAUUCCAUCUUUACUUAGCUUACCUCUCUAUGACAGAAUCCAACCCAGGGGUAAUCACGUCACCAGAUACCCACCGCCUCCUCCCCCAGGCCCUCCCCCAUUGACAGCUCGGAAGAUGCCUAUCUCCAUGUUGCGUGGGAGAGGAACAAGAGAUUGGCUCGAGUGCAACGACAAGUGGGUAGAACCAAGGCCUAGGGAUCACGACACACCAAUACCACAUGCAUCACCAGGAUUCUGGGACAAAAGAAAAUUAAAGACAACUCGUCAGAAUAUUAAGAAAAAUGAAGAAUCUAAAAAAGAUGAGUAUGAUGAUUUAUUAGAAAGUUAUAAAAAGGAGCAGAGGAAUAUUCGUGACCAAUUAGCAAAAUAUGAUAAACCACCAGUAAAAAAGUCUGAGUCACCAAAAGAAGACAAAAAGAUGCCUUCGACAACUACUGUUAAUGCUAAAGAGUUGGUUCCUACUGUAUUCGAGGAAGUUAAAACAGCGGGAGAUGUAAAGGAAAAAUCUAAUCAGACGGCUGUCAAUAACACUGCUGGACAGGUUCCUGAUAGAGAAAUAAAGGAUUUGGUGUCAAAUGGAAAGGCUGAGAUAAGUAAACCCUCGGCUACUUCUGAGGUCUUGGAUGUAGAGGAACCCAACAGUGACCAACCUGCAGCAGCUACAAGUCCACCUGAGAAAACAAGCCAAAAUGGCAAAAACGAGGAUGACUUGGAUGAUGACCUAGAUGAGCUAAUGCUGCGACGGAUGGCUUUAGAGUCCACGCUGAAAAAGGAAGCUAAUUUAGAAGAGAAAAAAACAGAGUCUAAAGCAAGCAAAUCACCAUCAUCAAAAUCUCCAACAAAAUCUUCACCAAGAAAAAGCAGACAUCGUUCUAAAACUAAUCUUACACGCAAGGGAGACAGUCGCAGUAUAAGUAAUGAUAAAAAAAAAGAUGAUUAUCGAAGCCGCCCUACCCCUAGUCCAAGGGCCAGACCUGUGUUUGGCAGAACUGGGUCUAGUCAUAGCCAGUCAAGGUCAAGGCCACACGAAUCUAGUAGUGACAGCCAUCGGAAACAGGAGCUUCAGCGAAGACGAAGAGAUGAAGAAAAGCGACGACAGCAGGAAGAAGAAAGACGAAAAAUUGAGCGCCAACGUGAAGAUCAGAGACGAGAAAUUCAGAAAAUAUUAACAUUAGAUGAUGUUGCAGAGAAAGUUUCCAGAUUUUUGACACUUCUUGCUGACAAAAGAUACCCAAACACAACGAAUAAACAACCACCUACUUCUGUCAAAAGCGCCAAGUCUCCUGUGGACAAGAUGAGCAAGCCCCGUCGACAACCUGCAGAGAAACCUGUCCUACAGGACAACUAUGAGGAGGUAGCGAUGGACAUUGACAGUGAUCCAGGGUCUCCAGCUAUUUCUACAGACCAUGUUACAGGAUAUGAAGACUACCAGCUGGUUCCAGAUACAGAUACGAUACACCAGUCAACAAACUACAUGACACAACCCAUGGACAUGCAAAGUAACCUGUUGCUAGACACAGAAAACAUCUGGGAUUUAGCGGUAGGCUAUCCUACGUUGAUGCCUUACCCCAACUCUGAUCCUGNCCCACUAGAACCCCCUCCUGAUAUGGCUCCUCCCCCUCCCCCAAAACACAUGCCAGAAGAUGAAGACGAGGAAGUCUUUGGAGAUGAAGCUGCCAUGUUGCGGGCUGAGCUGUUGAGGUCGAUGGCAGUCAAAAGGAAGGAACAAAAGGAGAGAGACAAAGUGAAAGAGGAGAUAAAAUCGGAGGAAGUAUCUCCUGUGUCCUCGCGUAGUAUAUCUCCUGCUCCUCUCCCCAAAUCAGCCUCUGUACACAACAUACAACUCAACAAAUUAAUAGUUAUGGCAAAAAGAAGAAAGAAACUUCCUGAAUUGGUAACGAUGGCUCAGGUUCCUAUACAAGCUCCUGUGGUCAUUAACUUAAAUGAGGAUUCCACUGAUGAGGAGGAGGACGUCCCCACCCCUGUUAGGGGGGUACAGGGCCUACUAGGGGGACUGGAUUCAUUCCUUAAUGAGGCUAGGAUGUCUGUAGAUAGUAAUCAGAACAAUGAGAGUGCUGCAAAACACGCUGAUACUGAAGAAAUGGAAAUCCGCAAAUAUGAAGAGGAGAUGAAUAAACAGAGGAUCAGCAUUCUACAGGAGCAGGCUAUUUUCAAGGGGUUGCUAAGUAAGGCUUCAAAGUACCACAAGAAUACCAAACUCGCCCAAGACAAUGUCCUCAAACUCAAGGAACAACUUGUGGCUGCUGAGAAAGUGGCUGGUGCUAAUAGGGAACAGUUUGAGAAAGUCCGUAAACAUGCGCGUACGUUCAGAGCCAAUAUCUAUAAGAAGCAGGAGGCCUUUAAGCAGCUGGAACAGAAGGUGUUACACAUUGGACAGACAGUGUUCGGGGCCUCGUAUAAACCCCGCACUGUAGUGGCUGUGAAGGCCUCGGAGAAAAACAAGGUGGACAACAUCUCCGUCACUCUGGUCAAUGAGAAAGCAGCUAAGAAAACUUUGAAGGGUAAAGAAAACAAGAACAUACCUGUGGAGAGUGAAGAAAAGGAAAGGUUACAACGACUAGCAGAGGAAUAUGCCAAGAAAAUACAGAUACUGAAACUGGCCCAAGCAAGGAAGGCUGAGGCUGAGACUGCGGCUGCGCUAAAAGCAGCCAUCGCUGCACAGAACCAAAAGAAGAGUGCAAUACCUAGGAUAGAGAAGAUUGAAAUAGACAUUACUGAAAGUCCGUCGGAGAGUGAAGCCGAGGAAAGACCUAACAAACGACGCCGGUCACUGAUGGAAUUAAAUACCAGCACAAAACCUAAUCUGUCGCCCCAGAACAGUGAUGGUCAGAGAAAAUUGUCCCAGAGUGACUCAGAGGUCAAGCAGGAGUCGUCUGGCAUUAUCUGUGAUAACAAAGGCAGCGUCUUCUCUCUACCUGGUGCUCAACGAAUCAAACGACUCCUAAAACUGCAGGAGGAUCAUUUCCAAGCCGUGCUGUCCAGUUCUGCCAAACACCUGAUCUCACAGCAGUCAUCAUUAGUGUCUCAUUCAGUUCUACUUCCACAGUGCCAACAGAUUCCUUCCUUCCAAGAGCCAAAACAUGACACAAGAUCCAAGGUCCUCCACGUGCCGUGGGAGUCCUCUCCUCUAGUCUACAAAAGUCCUCUACAGCACUUCCGAUCUUACAGGUUUAGUCCUUAUUAUCGCACCAGAGCCAACCUCACUCUGUCUUCCUUUACAUUUUCCAACAAAAUCAAUCCAAAGAAAGUUCUAUGCAAGUACGAUCUCCAAGGAACCUGUCAUGACGAGGAGUGUGGGGGGUGCGAUAGUAAAGGACUCGGCGAGUACAACUUGUGUGCUCUGUGUAUCUUAGGUAAGGACAUACACACCCACAACUACUCACAGAUCUUAGGAAAGUUUGUAAGUAACACACUGAAACAGCACCAGGGGAAACUGACCAGUGACCAGUUGAUGGUGCUAAUGGUCAGUCAGGUGUCCGAGAAGAGUGGACAUGCAAAGCCUCACAACCUUUUUCUUGAGCCACGGAAAUGGAGGCAAUCAUGUGAGGAUAGAAAGGAUAUCAUCAAAGACUUCACCUCUGAGAACAUGUUUGACAGUAUAGAGUGGCAGCGUCCAGUUGACAGACAGGAACUGGACAAUGUGAUAGGUGACCAGGAUCUCCGCUACUUUGUGUCCGACUCGUCUAACAUCCAGGACAUGGAGACUGCUGUACUGGAUAACCCACACAACAUCCCAAUCUGGCUCAAACUGGCUCACAAAAAACUCCACGACCCCAACAGUGGAAGUGAGACGUGUCUGGACCAUGCCCUUAACGUGUUGGCACGGGGCCUUGAGGAGAACAAGGACAGUGCUGACUUGUGGCAGGGCUACCUCAGUCUGUACGCAAAACACAAGGAAUCAAGUGACCUACAACAGCUGUGUGAGACUGCUCUUGAAUACACACAGAGCUACACCCUCUGGUGGCAGUACCUGAAUGUGUGUACAUCAUGUCAGCAGAAACAGGAAGUGUGUGACCAGAUGCUGGAGUAUGUAAGACUGGCAGAGGACCGCUUCCCUCAGGAAGUACGUUCACACUGGGUCCUUGAGGUCAUUCUCUACAAAACCUCUCUGUACGUAUGGACAGGCAAGUUCAAAGCCGCCAUCAAACACAUGCAGAGCGUGCUGAAGACAGAGGAGAAAUUGAGGUGGAUAAGCAAGUGCCUUGUAACAAAUGACCAGUGCCUUCUGUGGGUGUCCUAUGUCCACCUGAAGGAGAUGAAGGUCCUCCCCACUCAACUGUAUGACCCCCUCAAUCAGAUGUCUGGACGCAUAGUAAAUAAGACGGAUAUUAUGAUAGACUGGACUAGUAAAGAAAGCUUGACCACAGCAGUGACCAUUCUGGUUGAGCUGCUAAAUAAGGCCAUCAGCUGCUGUGUGGGUCGCAUUGAGGUCAACAAUCCUCUGGUUGAUCAGGGAGGCAUCCUCUAUCUCAACCUCUUCAACCUCCUCAAGUGUCAGGAAAGGUAUGAGGAGGCUGCAGACCUAUGCCGUCCCAUACUACAGGCCAAGUCGACCAUGGUGAAUAUCUGGCUGUGUGUGGCAGAGCUCUACGCCUUAUACGAUGACGAGCAGACUCGACAGGUGUUCGCAGAUGCCCUAGGUGCUAACGAGUUCUGUGCCAAAUUGUACCACUAUGCAGCCAACUUUGAACUUUCACAGAGAGAGGAAGAUAAAGCCCUGGAGUGUCUUGAGCAAAGUAUUAUCAGUUACUACGACGUAUCCACCACAGAGACACGAUUUGUCGAUCCCAACCAGCUCUUCUGCGUACUUUUAGAUGAAGCUGUUCCGUUGACCUUCCAACCUCCCCCAUAUAAAGAGGGUGUGACCGGAGAGUUGAUAAAGGCUGACCUACCGUACCUGUGGCUUAAUUACUGCACACUACUGGAGCUGCAGGGGGAUGAUGUCCAGGCAGUAGAGACGUAUGAAACUGCUCUCAGUACACUGACCAGUGUCGUAGAUAUCACCCGUGUGUGGUCAAGCUACAUUGGCUUCCAAAAUCGAAGGCUGAAACUGCAGCGAACUGUGAGCCCCGACACGGCCCGAAGUUUCUAUGACCUUGUCCGGCGGGCAGUGAGCUGCAUUCCAACUAAAUACGAGGUGCCUUACUGUGACGGGGUAUACUGGUUUGAUUAUCGCCACGUUAACAUGGUAAUCCAGCAGUACAUGGCGUGCCUGCCUCUUAGUCAUCACACCACCAGCUACAGCAAGUUCCUCUCCCUCCUCCCCGACAACAUGGACCUGCUCCUUCUAAGACCCAGGACUCAUGUCUGUAUUCUGUCUUAUCAAAUAUUAAUUGUACAUCAGUAUAUUGAUGAAACAGCUUCCUGUAUCUGGUAUAUUAUUCUGAAGUUGUCACAGUUGUUACUCAAAUGUUACAAUUACAGGUCACCUUUAUUGUUUGUUUUUUGUUGCCAUGACUACAGGGCUUGUGGCCAUGCGGUGGGCCAGGACGACCUCCAGACUGCCCGGGGUCUGUGUACCACAGCUACCCUCACUAAAUCUCCUAACCUACUGCUAUGGAACAUGUUGAUAUCUCUGACCAGUCGAUUAGAAGGGAGGAAGGAGGUCCGUCGGAUAUUCCACAAAGCCGUCCAAGCAUUGCCGUACUCAGCCCCACUAUGGAAAGAUUAUCUGCUGUUUGAGGUUACCCAGAGGUCAUCAGAGGUUUUGCCUAAAAUCAUCCAGAAGUGUCGAGACAUUGGAAUUCCCAUACAAGAAUAUGCCGACUUUCUCACCAAACCUUCCUAAGAACCUUCCCCAUGGCCAGGACCUGUUAAGUUAACGCUUCCUAGGUGGUCUCCGGCCAAUUUAGAUAUCAGUUUCUCCACCGUUAAUGCUACGGCCUUCAUUAAGUGCAAUAGAUAUCUAAACAAUUAAAUACUUCAAUUUUUUUUCGAAGUGAUAUAACAUACAAAAGCGAUAUAUUGAUAACCUAUAGCUUACCUAUUGACUGUGAUAACGAUCUGACAAUCGGAACAUUUGGAAGCAGACUGGACUUGUAAGGCCUGUGAUUGGUCUCGUAAGUAUAUGCUACACUUCCAGCCCUAAAUAUGGUCACAAAUCAACCUUUAUAACAAGUAUUAACCUGACAUAUAAAUUAACAUGAAUGUUCAGAAAUCGGUGUUCAAAUAAUCCUUUUUGAAGUACAGGUGUAUUAUCAUUUACUACCCUGUCAGAGACAUGACAUAUUCAGGGCUGUAUUUUUACUUUGUGUGUUGUAUAGUUGUUGUUGUCAAUGUUGGUACGUGUGUGUGUGAGAGAAAUAACAAACAUUACUCCACAGCAAACAACAACAAAAGACUUUCUCCAAGUGGUCAAACCAAAUAUGGAAUUCAACGAUAUGACUCGAUGAAUGACACAUCCCAUAAAUGAGGAUUUUAUUGGACAAUUUAUUGUUAUAUCAAGAUUAAAAAUCAUUAAAAUCAUGGAUCACAAUCUACGAAAUCAUGACCUGAGAAAUAAGGGAGUUCAUUGAAGAUUCUAUAAAGUACUGCGAUACAGAGGAGCUACACAAGCUUGGGACGACACAGAGGUCAAGGUCAAACAGUCCAUCUAUGCAUGUCAAGGUCACCUGUGAGUGAUGUAACAAGUAUCACUGUGUUUGUAUGUAUUGUGUUUCGCGUGGUCUGCUGUCAACUAAAACAUCAAGAGGGAUCGGAACGUCGCGUCCAAGGCCCCAAAAUAAUGACCAGAGGGAUAGGAACGUCACAUCCGAGGCCCAAAAACAUUGACCAGAUGGAUCAUGACAAAUGUAUUCAUGCUAGAAAAAAAACCAAGAACUUUCACAAUAUUAUUUACUUUUGUUAUGUUAUUGGUUGUUUUAUGUUUCAUGUGCCGAAAGACCAUAUUCAGAGUUCAGUUAUUACCCCAAUAUUUCACACCAAUAUACAUCCUGUAGAGAGGUGAAAAGAGGGUUCCUUUUAGCCCAGAGAUUUAGCCACACAAGUUUCUAUCAUAUAGCCUGGGUUUGGAAAAAAAUUCAAAAUAUUUGAAGGUUGUCAAAAACUUUAACUAUGGUCUUAUUGUAUGUACAAGUUAUUUCAAGUAUAACGUUAGUGUAGAAAUGUGAAUUACAUUGAUUCUUGCAGGUCUGGUAAGAAAACAGCAUCAAUUAAGAUUCAUCAUUUAACACAGAUAGAUAGAACAAUGUUUAUUAUUAGUGUUCUCUGUUUAAUACAAGUAUAUUUACUGGUAAACUUGAUUGUCAAAUUUCAUUUAUUGGUUCUCUUUGUUUGUAAUAGUUUAUAUGAUUAUCACAUUAUUUACUAAAACUUUAACAUCAUCCAUGAGAUAGAGUUAGACAAUGAUCCAAAUCUGUGUCAUGUUUGUUUAUAUUUGCCAAAACAUGUUACUGUCCCAAUGAGUAUGUAGGAGUAUAUCAAAUGAAUGCUGUUUACAUGGUCGUAUUAAAUGUUGUUGUUUUUGCUGUUGUUGAUUCCUAAAUAAAUAAUUACAUUU